GCCGCCCGAGCGCAGCCGAGCGCACCCCGAGCCCGUCCGCCGCCGCCAUGGCCACCACGGUGACCUGCACCCGCUUCACCGACGAGUACCAGCUCUACGAGGAUAUUGGCAAGGGGGCUUUCUCUGUGGUCCGACGCUGUGUCAAGCUCUGCACCGGCCAUGAGUAUGCAGCCAAGAUCAUCAACACCAAGAAGCUGUCAGCCAGAGAUCACCAGAAGCUGGAGAGAGAGGCUCGGAUCUGCCGCCUGCUGAAGCAUUCCAACAUUGUACGUCUCCAUGACAGCAUAUCCGAGGAGGGCUUCCACUACCUGGUCUUCGAUCUAGUCACUGGUGGGGAGCUCUUUGAAGACAUCGUGGCAAGAGAGUACUACAGCGAGGCUGAUGCCAGUCACUGCAUCCAGCAGAUCCUGGAGGCUGUUCUCCAUUGUCACCAAAUGGGGGUCGUCCACAGAGACCUCAAGCCUGAGAACCUGCUUCUGGCCAGCAAGUGCAAAGGGGCUGCAGUGAAGCUGGCAGACUUCGGCCUGGCCAUCGAGGUGCAAGGGGACCAGCAGGCAUGGUUUGGCUUUGCUGGCACGCCGGGCUACCUGUCCCCUGAGGUUCUUCGGAAGGAGGCAUACGGCAAGCCUGUGGACAUCUGGGCAUGUGGGGUGAUCCUGUACAUUCUGCUGGUGGGCUACCCACCCUUCUGGGAUGAAGACCAGCACAAGUUGUACCAGCAGAUCAAGGCUGGGGCCUAUGAUUUCCCAUCUCCCGAGUGGGACACCGUGACACCCGAAGCCAAAAACCUCAUCAACCAGAUGUUGACCAUCAACCCUGCCAAGCGCAUCACGGCCCAUGAGGCCCUGAAGCACCCAUGGGUCUGCCAACGCUCCACUGUGGCCUCUAUGAUGCACAGGCAGGAGACUGUGGAGUGUCUGAAGAAGUUCAACGCCAGGAGGAAGCUCAAGGGGGCCAUCCUCACCACCAUGCUGGCCACGCGGAAUUUCUCAGUGGGCAGACAGACCACCGCUCCGGCCACAAUGUCCACCGCGGCCUCCGGCACCACCAUGGGGCUGGUGGAACAAGCAGCCAAGAGUUUACUCAACAAGAAGGCAGAUGGAGUCAAGCCCCAGACAAACAGCACCAAAAACAGCUCGGCCAUCACCAGCCCCAAAGGAUCACUCCCUCCUGCUGCCCUGGAGCCUCAAACCACCGUAAUCCAUAACCCAGUGGACGGGAUUAAGGAGUCUUCCGACAGUACCAACACAACCAUAGAGGAUGAAGAUGCCAAAGCCCGGAAACAGGAGAUCAUCAAGACCACAGAGCAGCUCAUUGAGGCUGUCAACAAUGGCGACUUUGAGGCCUAUGCGAAAAUCUGUGACCCAGGCUUGACCUCAUUUGAGCCUGAAGCUUUGGGCAACUUGGUCGAAGGGAUGGAUUUCCACAGAUUCUACUUCGAGAACCUGCUGGCCAAGAACAGUAAGCCGAUUCACACGACCAUCCUGAACCCGCACGUGCACGUCAUUGGUGAGGACGCAGCCUGCAUUGCCUACAUCCGCCUCACGCAGUACAUUGAUGGGCAGGGCCGGCCACGCACUAGCCAGUCCGAAGAGACCCGCGUGUGGCACCGCCGCGAUGGAAAGUGGCAGAAUGUACACUUCCACUGCUCUGGCGCGCCGGUGGCCCCGCUGCAGUGAGAGCUGCGACUGGUUUCACCGGACAGAGUUGGUGUUUGGAGCCCAGCCGCCCUUGGGCGCACGGCCUGCCUGUCGCAUGUUUGUGUCUGCCUCGUCCCCUCCCCUGGUGCCUGUGUCUGCAGAAAAACAAGACCAGAUGUGAUUUGUUUUUAAAAUAAGAUGAUGACAGCGACAACCACACACACAAAACAAUUGACAUCGGAUGAAAUGGAAAAAAAAAAAAAACACCUAAAGAAAGGAAAAAGCUGUAAAAAUCUGGCAUUUGUGGGGCUGCUCCCCACCCAAGCUCCACGUGUCCAUUGCGCUCCCGGCUUUAGGGGACCCUCAGGGUGUGAACGUGCGCGUGCGUGCUGACUGGUGUCUGUAGGUAUUGUUCCCACGCGUGGGCCCCUGUGUGUGCUCAGCGACCUUCACGGAGUCAGGUGUCUCGGGGAGGGCUGGGGGCUGCCUCCUUUCCUGCUGGUUGUGCCUGAGAGCUGCUGUCCCUGCUUCCUCCGCCUUUCCCUCAUCCCAUGAGCGACUGGGUGGGGGCCCCCCUAGCCAAGGACCCACCAUCCAGCAUGGACGGCCUUCGCCUCCUGGAAUGUGCAGAAGCCUGCCCUCAAGGCCACCCGAGAAGCCCCCCAGGGCCUGGGCUCACAGCUCCGGUUCUCUGGGGAGUAAGGCAUGGAGGGGCACAACUUGUCUCUAGGCCACAUGCUUGGCAAGAGUUGGCUAAGAAGACAUGCUGGCUGCAAUUCCUACUCAUCUAGCCAUGGAGAGGGGACUUGGCCAGAGACUGGCCUUCUUGCUUGGGGCACUUGUCCCUUCCCUGCCAGCCAACAGCAGAACAAUAGUGGUCCUUUGCCUUGGCAGCUCUACUUUGUGCAGUUGGGAGCAGAUCCUACCAAGGACCGUGGGGCCUCAAGUCCUCCACAGAUGCUGGGGACGGGACAGACUGCUAGGGUGUUUGCUGGCUAAGUUUGGAGGCUGGGGGCUCAGAACUUGAUACAGCAAGUAGCACAGAGGGGACAGAAGAUAGGUGCUAGGGUCCUGGGCUGAUCGGGGCCCAUGCAAGUGUUUGCUAAAGUAGCAGUGCUUUCGUAACUUGGGCCUGGAGCAGAAGCCAGCCAGUGGCAUCUGAAAGUCCAAGUGGUUGGGGCUGUAGUGUGUGAGGCCAGGGAUGCAGCCUAGAGAAAGGGCAGGCUGGGGACAGACACACGAGUGUGGGGCCUGGACACCAGCGGGAGGGGAGCGACCAUCAGGAGUGUGUUGUGUCCAGGGUCCAGUGGUGCUCCCGGGUGCCGGCUGCCUGGGCUCACUAUGUGUGGCCUUGGCCCUUGGUGAUAGUGGACACCACAGUGAGACUGGGGGCAUUGUGAGGGCAGCUGGGCUGGAGAGGCAGGUAUGAAGCCAGAUUGGGUGCAGGUGGUCAGGAGCCUUGAUUGCAAAGGUCCAGGGGCCUUCACCCCAAUACUGCCCAUUUUCAAUUCACAUCAUUUUCAACCAGGACUGUCUAUCUUCCCCCACAAAUCAGGCAAAGGGAGGGGCGUGGAGUGGGAAACAGGACACAGGAUCCUAAACUUUAAGGGAACUGUCCACCCACGGACACGGAGAGUGGAUGCCACCUUUCAUCCACACUGUGCCCAGGACAGCUGUCCCCAUCCAUGGACACAGGGUAAACAUCUGCCAGGCUCCAUGCAAGUGGCUGCAGGCCAUGGAACAGUGGCAGGGUUUGCCACGGACAUCAUGAGGCCCUGUGGCCAGCUACUCUGGCGUCCUGGGGUCUCCUCCCUUCCACUCCCACUCACCUUGUUACUUCCACAGAGCUGCCUGUCUGGGAUAAUUUGAGGAUUUUUUUUCCCCUGAGGGAUAAUUCUUUUGCAUGACCCUCUCUAAAGAGCAGGCCACUCCUGCUCUGCUAGCUAGGUGGCACUGGCCGCUGGCCAGUGCUGCAGGAUAUUACUUCCUGCAGCGCUGGCAACCCUCCCUCUUCUCUCUUUUUGCUGAGUUUCAUUGUCUUUUCUUUCUGAGCCUUGUAGGUGUACAAAAAUUAUUAUUUUGUUCUGUCUCGGGAAACUGCAAAUAAAAAAAAAACAGGAUGAA